GAAACACUAAACUUAUAUCACAUUCAUCAACAUAAUCACACAUCGCAUGCAUAGAACCAAUACGCUCUUUGCAUAACUCACUUCAAAACAAAUCAUCAACUCACAAAUACCAUGCACCUACUUCCCAAAUCGCGAACACAUACAUGUCGCCUUCUUCUCUACGAACUGAAAUCCAAACACAAACAUAUUCACACACAUGUACGCACUACAUCAACCAAUUCACAGGGAGAGUAAACCACACAAUAAACAACAACCUGGCCAAAUCGAAUUUGGGUUGCGCAUGUCAUCCAAUGAGCUAGCAUUUCAUCUCAUAGGCGGAGCACAAGGCGCGACAUCAACGACGGUUGCAAUUAACACAUCCUUUAUUCCAAGUGUAGACUGCUGCCAGCUUGAAUUGUUGGCAUGUUAGAUGCUCUUGGUUUUUGUGCACAUAGAAGGAAAUUCAAUCAAAUCCCAUCAUGCAAGAAGAUUCCAGUGAACUACAUAUCAAAUCUUCAUUCUUCAGAUAGUAAAAGUUUGCAAGCUCUAUCGACAAGGUGUUUUGGCAAAAUAGGAAGCAUUCCUAGACCAACAACCAGAAAUAUCUUAGCAAGAGUCGUUAAAGCCCCGGCACCCUUUUCAGAAAGUUGCACCUGUGCACCUUGUUGGACACGGAUAUCGAUGCCUUUGCUAUCCAUCGAAAUAACAGCUAGGUCGUCUACCUCUCCUUCAUCAGUUGACAAAUGCUCUUUCACAGGCUUUGAGAACAUUGAGUUGAGUUCCUUCAGAUUUUGUUCCCCUCCAUCCAUAGCAAUCUUGUCAGGUUGCAGAGUCUCAUAUUCGUUCACAUCUACCCAAGCAACAGUACCAAAACUCAUAUAACGAUUGCUUAAAAGACUCGUCCUCUGGGCCAUCAGAACCACCACUACUACCAUGUCGGUUUUUGUUUCCUCCAUAAAGAAAUCCUUACAGAUUAUGCACUAAAUCAACAAUUUAACUAAAUAUAAGUUGUGAAAAAUGAAGCAUAAAUCCUCACUUCCUCAAUCACGUAGGUUGUGCUGUAUACUUCAAACAAUGAAUGAAAAAAACAAGUGACUAUGACUUGCUAAUUAGCUGCUAGCCUGUCAUACACGCUACAGCCUGCACCAGUAGACAAGGUUGAGGUGACCUGUGGCAGGCAGCCAGCCUCGCCUCGACCAAAUGCCAAAGACCUAUAGGGACGGAGAGUACAUUGCAAGAACGAUCACAUGAAAUAUUUCGCAGAAAGAAAAGAAGUUUAGGAAUACUUGUUCAACACGUACAAAAGAACCACCAUUGCAAGUUCACAGGAGAUCCAAGAUUAAGGCAACAAAAUACUAAACAUAAACCAUUGCAAGAAUGGUCGCAUGAAAUAUUUUGCAGAAAUAAAAGACUUGAUAAAAGCAGAAAUAUGGCUUGCUCGCUGCAGCUGGUACAACAGAUGUUUAUACGGGGUUCGGACAAUCUUUAAAGAUGACGACAAGCAGGUAGUGAAUCAUAGGGUUUAUUCAAAAAUGAUGUAGCAGACAUGAUUUACCGCCAUGGUGGUCUCUGCAAUUUGAAUGUUGUUUCAUGUGAUUCCUUCACAGAGAACCAGCUUCUGCUCGCAGAAAUGUUGUUGAACAAUGAUAUAACUAACUGAUAAAGAAUGAGAUACAUGACACAGGCACACUCAAAGCAGAGUAAUCUGUUAUUCACUAAAAUGAGACCGGCACGCAACACCUUUGCAAUAAGAAUUGGUUACUGGUGUAGUUAAUUCACAUGAAAAUUCACACUUGGAUGCACUUGUUCAGAACUCCACUCAAGGUUCUACCUUAUGAGAUUUGAGCAGCUCGAAUGCUUCCUUGCAGAACAAUGGAGAUGGAGUGAUAAACACUACACUGAAGUAAUGAAACAGGAAGUGGGCUGCACAGCUAAAAUGUGAAAGAAUAAUUCAUUCAGGAGAUGUAAGGAUUACAUCUGUGGCUAUGUCCUUGUACAUUACAUGAUAG